UCUUUCCCACUGCGUCCCUCUCCUCUGUAGUCACUCAGCUGUAGUGCCUGACCGGACGUCCACUUAGGACUACUUUUUACGGACACUGUUGGCUUAUUGUUUGUGCCGAUUUCAUCAUCGGUGAACAAGUUGUUUAUCAAGUGGAGCUAUAUCCAUCUGAAUGGGAUUUUUUACAACAGAGACGGAUAUUUCUUAUGUUUUGAUCCCGGGUAGUUCUGCAUUUCCCUCAUGGGGCACGACUACUGCGUCCUAUGCUGCUCUAUUAAGGACUUAUCAGUAAACAUCCGUGUUGGCGUGAAGGUGUUUGGAUUGAGGGGUGUACAGGCAGGGUAUUCCUGCUAGCGAACUAUCAGCAGCUAGCUGUUAUCCUGCCUCUAUCGCUUCAGCUGAGUGGACGCCGGUACUCUGACAGGACAUUUCUUACACUUCCUGUGUCAGAAAUGUGGCCUCUUGGGGAGGACCAGGCCCUUGAGCAAUGUUUCCCCUGGAUAUGACGGAACCUGGUCCGAAUGCGGUCUCCGAAUGAGGUCUCCCCCCGGCCGGUAGACAGUGGACAUGCAUGGUCCGGACAUGGACUUUAGGAUUGGACCCCAUACUGGAUAUUUCUCGUGUUGGGAGCCAAACUGCCUGGUGUUUGACUGAUUUCAUCAGGAGUUUGUUUGGGUUGGUGAAUGCUUCCUCUUUUCCUGAUGGCAUGCUGCCUCAGGUCUCAUCGCCAUGGGAGCUGGACGCCAAGACCCCCGUGUCCAGAGGAUGAAGUUGAACAGCAGAAGAGUUCGCCGGGAGGGGAGGGGGGAGGCGUGGAGGACGGCUCCUCACUUCCCAAGCGCAAGGGCAAGUUCUCCACGCUCGGGAAGAUCUUCAAACCCUGGAAGUGGAGGAAGAAGAAAAGCAGCGACAAGUUUCAGGAGACUUCCGAAGUUCUGGAGAGGAAGAUGUCGACGCGGCGGACGCGGCAGGAGCUCAUCGAGCAGGGAUUGCUGAAGGAGGCCCCAGAGAACGCUGUGGAGGCCAUCGAGGCGGAGCAGGUGGGGAAGCCCUACGUGAAGAACGGCCACACACUGCCCAUGAGCGGCGGGGGUCCUGCGGUCAGCGGGCCCCUCAGGAGCCCCUGCAGCCAGGGGAAAGGCCCCUCGGAGGCAGACUUCAGGAUGAACCCGACCUGGCUCGCUCAGCCCGACGACUGCAGGGGGCGCUACCCCACGGAGGGAGACCGCAGGGGGGGUCCAGGACCCAGGGGCCACAUGGGGCCACAGGAUAACGGACGUCGAGGAGGAGGAGGAGGAGGGGGUGGAGUUGGGGGAGGAGGAGGAGGAGGAGGAGGAGGAGGAGGGGGCGGAGGGACGAUGCGACCCCAGGGCGAGGGCGAGUGGAAGGCGAACAUGGCCUGGCAGGGCCCCCCCCAGGGCCAGGGGGAGGAGGCGAGGCGUGGGGGGCGGCCCCGUCCCGAGGACGGGCCUGGGAGGCGGGGCGGCCGGCUCCGCCCAGAGGACGGGCAGAAGAGGCCCGGGCUCCAGAAGGCUCCGUCUGAAGACUGCAGGAGGAGUCGGCCCGCCGAGGCGGACUGGAAGCCCACGCUGCCCCGCCACGCGUCGGCCGAGGAGGGCCGGACCCGCAGAGAGUCAGCGAGCCACUUUGUCCCGGAGCUGGAGAGGCUGCAGGACACCCUGCGGGAGCCGCUGCCCCCCAAGCACUCCAUGAUGCCCCCAAAGUGGCUGAUCACCUCCGCCACGGAGUCCGUCCAGGAGGGCUCGCCUCGCGGCCCCUCCUCCCACCCCGUGUCCCCGUACUCCUCCUCAUCGUUCUCUCCCUCAUCCGCCCCGGCCAAGCCCUCCCCCCGGGGACCCAACGCCCAGCCGAGCGCCCCCUCCUGCACCUCCCUGGUCCCGUCCUCCGGCUCCCACCCGGCCAAGCAGCCCCCGCCGCCCCCACCCAAGCCCGUCAACAGAGGCAACGCCGCCAUGCUGGCCUCCACCCUGCAGGGUGGAGACAACACCCAGCUCCCCUUCUACUGGUCCUGCUGGAAGCAGGACUGCCAGUACGACGUGUACCUGUCCCUUCCGGUCUACCUGUGCCGGCGGGCUGGAGGCCUGCGUCCAGUAUCCUGCGACGCCAUGCGUUCUUUCCCCGGGUUUGGUUUGCUUCUUCAAGGAGGCGACAACUUCACCCACACCACGGGGGCCACCAGCCUGGCUGUAGCCAAGCCCUCCCCACCCAUGCCCCCUAGGAGGACCACCCCGGUGUCCAAGCGCCCCGGGGAGGAGCCCCCCGCCCUCCCCGGCGGCCUCUCCCUCCUCCCCCCGGAGGACCGCUCGGGCUUCUCGGUCGGCUUCCAGCUGCCUCCCCCGCCGCCCUCCCCGCCGCUGCCCUCCCACGUCCCGCCCUCUCCGCCCCGCCAGCACAUCCACGCGCACCACCUCCACCACCAGCACUCCUACCCCCACCCGCUGCCGCAGCCCCUCAUGCUGUUCGACCCCCCCAGCCCCACCGCCGAGCGGACGCCGCGCCCCGCGCCCAUCCCGCUGCACAUCAUGAUCCAGCGGGCGCUGUCCAACCCGGGCCCGGCCCAGCCCCACCCGGACGGCGCCCAGCGCGCCCACACGCUGCUCUUUGAGACCCCGCCGGAGUACCAGACGGACCGCAGCCGCCCGCUGCCCGUCAGCCUCCAGCCGCUGAAGCUCGCCGACGAUGACUACUCCGAGGAGGAGGAGGACGACGACGACGACGACGAUGACGAGGAGGAAGAGGAGGAGUACGACGGGGAGAUCCCCCAGCCUGAGCUGGAGCCGCGGAGCCGUCGCUGCCUGAUCGGGGACCCGGGGAUCUCCCCGGGGAUCUGCGUGAUCCCCGAUGGGAACCACAGCAGCGGGGAAGAAGAGGAGGAGGACGAAGAGGAUGAGGAGGAGGACCCCGGGCGUGACCAGCACGGGGACAACAGCGACUCGGACGGCCCCGUGCUUUAUAAAGACGAAGACUCGGACGAGGACUCGGACGAGCCCCCGAUGAGUGCGCUGGCCAGCAGGGUGAAGAGGAAGGACACCCUGGCCCUGAAGCUGAACAGCCGGCCGUCGGCCCCGGAGCGCGAGAGGUUCACCCCGGACUGGGCGUCCCAGGAGGCCCCGCCCACGGGCCAGAAGGGCCUCACCUGGCAGAGCAGGGAGCAGUGGGAGGCCAUCCGAACGCAGAUCGGCUCGGCCCUCACGAGACGACUUAGCCAGAGACCUACCGCUGAGGAAUUGGAGCAGAGGAACAUCCUACAGCCUAAGAAUCAGGCCGACCGACAGGCUGAGGUCAGGGAGAUCAAACGACGGCUGACGCGAAAGCUCAGCCAAAGACCAACGGUUGCAGAACUACAAGCCCGGAAAAUCCUGCGUUUCCAUGAGUAUGUGGAGGUAACCAACGCCCACGAUUAUGACCGCAGAGCGGAGAAACCUUGGACCAAGCUGACUCCCGCCGAUAAGGCUGCGAUCCGCAAGGAGCUCAACGACUACAAGAGCACUGAGAUGGAGGUGCACGAAGAGAGUCGAAUCUACACAAGGUUCCAUCGACCUUAACAUCCUCUUCCUGGAUGACCAAGCACUUAGUCCACCACCUAGCAGAGUGUCUGCCACGGAGCUGCUCAACAAACAGACUACCCCUCAACGUUUCUGAAUGUACUGUGCAGAACAUCAGCGGAAGAAGAAGAAAAAAACGAAACGAUUGUAGCUGAUGAAAAAGCCUAGUAUCAGGGAUACUCGUGUGCCCUCCAUUAAACGUUCAGUUCCUUUGCUCGCACAAAACUCUGACAGCGAAACUGAGACCAGGAGAUCCAGCGUUCUCCCGGGCGAACCACGUGCCAACGAAGCGGAGCAAAGGCGGAGAACUCGGUCGGCCUGAUCGUGGAGAUGGCUGACGCUCUUCUCUCCUGUGGGCUUCUUUAGGGCAUCCGGGGUUUUAGCCACAACCUUUGAUGCCAACUCAUUCUGUAUUGCCUUGUCCCCGCUCUGUGACUAUUAAUAUAAGCGAUGAAGGCAUCAGUUAUUGUAUAGGUGGUAAUAAUAAGUAAUAGUCCGAGGGCUGACGCAAGAGUGGAGAGGAGGACGAAGACUGGGAUGUGCCAUUUUCACAUUGUCAGACAUGCUCUGGGAUACUGUGUGUAUUUUAUGUCGUUGUGAAUAUGUUGCUGUGUAUAGAUUACCUUAGAAUGAAAUUUGGAGAUCUAUAACUACAAAAAUAUUCCUUAAUGCACAAGAUAUUUUAUAUUGUAUGAUAGGUCAUAUGAAUAAUGAUAGCUUUUAUUUGAGCCUACUUUUUAAUUUGGCUUGCCUGUAUUUAUGGUUGUGCUGUGAGAUGGCUUUUUGAGCUUUAUUGUCGUUAAUAGGAAAGGUCAACUUCAUAUAGCAGUUGUACUGUGUGCCAACAUAACCUCUAUGUCAGAAGGACUGUAGAGUGAUGCUUUAUAUCACUAAGUUUUUCAAAGCACCGCUGCACGAGCCAAUAGCGAGUCCAGUGUACUUUUAUCUGGCUCGUCUGUCUUUCGUUUCAUAACUUUCUGUUUCAAUGAACUUUUGUACUUUCCCUUUAAAGAUGAAAACAAUGCAUUCUGUAGCCAUGUUAUGAAAGGCCUUUUGUUUUGUGUCUACAGGAGGACGCUAAAUGUUGCUGAAUAUUUCAAAGUGCUGUGUGGAUCAGGGAUAUGUAAAAUCUGAAAAUAAAUAAAUGGUUAACAGGGAGUCAUUUUUGUCAGGACCGCCAUUAAAACACAGUUUGAUCUUAUGGUGUCCUCCGGCCAGUAGAUAACAGGGUUGUACAUGCAGAUAUCUUUGAAUGAUGCUUAUGUUUAUCUUGUCUUCCUAUUAUUUUAAAUGACAUUUUUAAUAUAAAAGUAUUAUUUGUUAUUUUUUUAAGCGCUAAAUAGUGAAUGACUGCAACUCUAGGAUGUAACUAUAAAGAGUACCUUUUCUGUAAAUCUUUUUUUUUUAUUAUUGAAAUUGUAUAACUUUCUUUUUAGUUGUAAAUAUUCAUAAUAUGAUCUCAUUAAAAUUCCUAAAAAUC